GUCGCUUUCGCCUUCAUCUUCGGAGCCAUACGCCGCAGCGCCACCCCCGCCGCCCGGCCGGCAGCUUCGGAGUCGGUCAGACAUGCCCCGUUCUGGCGGCCGGGCUCGGGAAGGAUCAUGAAUGCGGCAGGGAACUGGGUGGCGAACGGGGCGAGCCUCGAGGACUGCCACUCCAAUCUCUUCUCGCUGGCUGAACUCACUGGAAUCAAAUGGCGUAGAUACAAUUUUGGAGGGCACGGCGACUGUGGGCCCAUCAUUUCAGCCCCUGCCCAGGAUGAUCCAAUCCUGUUAAGUUUCAUUCGCUGCCUGCAAGCCAAUCUACUGUGUGUAUGGCGCCGUGAUGUCAAACCAGAUUGCAAAGAAUUAUGGAUAUUCUGGUGGGGAGAUGAACCAAACUUAGUUGAUGUGAUACAUCAUGAAUUACACAUAGUGGAGGAAGGACUAUGGGAGAAUGGCCUUUCCUAUGAAUGUAGGACCCUGCUCUUCAAAGCAAUCCACAACUUAUUAGAAAGGUGCCUAAUGGAUAAAAACUUUGUCAGGAUUGGUAAAUGGUUUGUUCGACCCUAUGAAAAAGAUGAGAAGCCAGUCAACAAAAGUGAACAUUUGUCCUGUGCCUUCACAUUUUUUCUUCAUGGGGAAAGUAACGUAUGCACAAGUGUGGAGAUUGCUCAGCACCAGCCAAUCUAUCUGAUUAAUGAAGAGCAUCUACAUAUGGCUCAGUCGUCCCCUGCACCAUUUCAAGUGCUGGUGAGCCCCUAUGGCUUAAAUGGGACACUGACCGGCCAGGCAUAUAAGAUGUCGGAUCCAGCUACCCGCAAGCUAAUCGAGGAAUGGCAGUAUUUCUACCCAAUGGUGCUGAAGAAGAAAGAGGAGCGGAAGGAGGAAGAGGAGUUGGGAUAUGAUGAUGAUUUCCCUGUGGCGGUUGAAGUAAUUGUUGGCGGUGUUCGCAUGGUGUAUCCAUCAGCCUUUGUUUUGAUCUCUCAAAAUGACAUCCCGGUGUCUCAGAAUGUUGUCAGCACUGGAGGUCACAUUGCUGUUGGCCAGCAUGGAGUUGGAAGCAUGAAAGACCCUAGCCAUUGUGGAAUGCCGCUCACCCCACCCACCUCUCCAGAACAAGCAAUCAUAGGUGAAAGUGGAGGUCCUCCAAGUGCCAUUGGUCACUUAGCUGCCCAGGAGGGAAUGGCUACUAUGCACAGUCCAAAGAGAUCGGGGGAGAUUCCUCCAAAACUCCACAGUCACAUGGUCCACAGAGUCUGGAAGGAAUGCAUCCUCAACAGAACACAACUCAAGAGGAGUCAAGUCUCUGCUCCACACUUAGAGGAAGAAGCCUCUAGUGAGUCUCCUCCUCCACCUUCUUGGGGUUUUGUGGAUCCUGCCCAAAGAGCCAGCUGUUCCUGUUCCAGGCAUAAGCUUUUCAAACAGCGCUGUGCAGUUGGGCCCAGCCGGCCCACUUCGAUAUCACAACCUGGGUUCGCUGUUGGCCCACCAUCUUCUUCAUCUUUGCCGCCUCCAGCCUCUUCUAAGCACAAAACAACAGAACGACAAGAAAAAGGAGACAAACUUCAAAAGCGGCCCGUGAUGCCCUUUCACCACAGGCCCUCUGUGGGUGAAGAGUUAUGCAUGGAGCAGGACGCGCCAGGGCAGAAGCUGGCCUUGGCUGGGGUGGAUGCCUCCUUGGAGGUCCCAAGCAGCAGGAAGUAUGAUAAGCAGCUGGCUGUGCCUUCCAGAAACACAAGCAAACAAAUGCAUCUGAAUCCCAUGGAUUCACCCCAUUCCCCCAUUUCCCCUCUGCCUCCAACCCUCAGCCCCCAACCAAGAGGGCAAGAAGCAGAGAGUUUGGACCCACCGUCCAUUCCUGUGAAUCCAGCUCUCUAUAGUAAUGGACUAGAACUUCAGCCGUUAUCAAACCUGGAUGACAGGACUGUUCUUGUGGGCCAGAGAUUGCCUCUGAUGGCCGAGGUCAGUGAGACAGCCUUGUACUGCGGGAUUGUGCCCUCCAAUUAUGAAUCAUCUGAUAAAUGGCACAGUUACCACCUACCACCAAGUGAUGACCUAGAGUUCAGGCCUCCAGAGCUCCAGGGUGAGCAAUAUGAUGUCAAGAUGGAGAUAAAUUCAGACAGCACUGCACUGAAAAGACUCUUAGCACAACCUCACAAACGGUUUAAAAUCUGGGAUGAUAAGCAGCCUCAGGGACAGGCAGUCUACCUUGACCCAUCACCUCGAAUGCAGCAGCCUGCAGAGACCCUGGGCGAUGCCAGUGACCCAUACACCUUUGAGGAUGGUGACAUCAAGUACAGUUUCACUGUCAACAAAAAAUGCAAAUUCGGAAUGGAGAGAGAGCUACUGAAAAAGAAUAAGUCUGAAGAUGGAUUUGGUUCAAAAGAGAUCCCCACAACAGGUCAUUCCACACCAGUGCCCGAUGGGAAGGAUGCCAUGUCUAUUUUCAGUUCUGCUCCAAAAACAGAUGUCCGUCAGGAAAGUGCUGCCAGCAGAGCAGGCCCCAGCAGCCUUACCCAGGUGACUGAUCUGGCCCCUUCACUCCAUGACUUGGACAACAUCUUUGAUAAUUCUGAUGAGGAUGACCUUGGGGCUGCAUCACCAGCACUACGUUCAUCAAAAAUCCCAACAGUAGGAACCGAAGACCGACCUCUGGGGAAAGACGGCAGAAUGGCAGUUCCUUAUCCACCAACCUUCCAGCAGUAUGGCACUUGGAUGGUGAGGAUGCUCUGUGUGUGGAGAAGAGAGGCAGUGCCAGUUGCCUGGGUGGGCACAGGACUGGGUGAAGUCAUUGAGGAUGAAGUGGACAUUUUUGGGAAGAACUCGGACCUCGCCCAGGCAGCCGAGCGGCGGCUGAUGAUGUGUCAGACUGCCUUCCUCCCUCAGAUGGAGGGGGCCAGGAAGCCCCAGGAGCCCCCUGUCAGCCUCCUCCUCCUCCUCCAGAACCAACACACGCAGCCCUUCACAGCCCUGAGCUGCCUGGGCUACAUCUCCCCCAGUCACCGCUACUCCGUCCCCGGGACACACUGGAGUUAUGACAGGGUGCAAGCAGACCACAACGACUCGUGGACGGAGUGCGUCAACGCGCUGGAGCAGGGCCGGCAGUACGUCGACAACCCGACUGGCGGGAGAGUGGACGAGGCCCUCGUCCGAAGUGCCACCGUCCACGCCUGGCCCCACAGCAACGUGCUGGACAUCAGCAUGCUCUCCUCCCAGGACGUGGUGCGCAUGCUACUCUCCCUGCAGCCCUUUCUCCAGGAUGCCAUUCAGAAGAAGAGGACAGGCCGGACCUGGGAGAACAUCCAGCACGUGCAGGGACCCCUGACCUGGCAGCAGUUCCACAAGAUGGCCGGACGCGGCACCUACGGCUCAGAAGAGUCCCCGGAGCCUUUGCCCAUCCCUACGGUGCUGGUGGGCUAUGACAAGGACUAUCUCACCAUCUCACCGUUCUCCUUGCCAUUCUGGGAGAGGCUGUCGUUAGAUCCCUACGGGGGCCACCGGGAUGUCGCCUACAUUGUGGUGUGUCCAGAAAAUGAGGCCUUGCUCGAAGGAGCCAAAACUUUCUUCAGGGACUUGAGUGCUGUGUAUGAGAUGUGUAGGCUGGGGCAGCACAAGCCCAUCAGCAGAGGGCUUCGGGAUGGGAUCAUGCGCGUGGGGAAGACAGUGACCCCGAAGCUGACGGACGAGCUCAUGAGUGAGUGGUUUAGCCAGCCCUGGAGCAGCGAGGACAGCGACAAUCAUUCCAGACUCAGACUUUAUGCACAGGUCUGCCGCCACCACCUCGCACCUUAUUUAGCUACUCUGCAGCUGGACAGCAGCCUACUGGUUCCACCUAAGUACCCAGCCUCAGCCCCGGUAGCAGCAGCAGUCGCCGCUGCAGCCGCCGCCGCAGCCGCUGCCGCCGCCGCCGCCGCCGCAGCCGCUGCAGCAGCAGCACAGGCACAAACCGCCCCUGGGAGCGUGGGCCCAUCCGCUUCAAAUCCAGGUUGUGCUUCGGGACCCGGAGCUCCGCCAGCCGGCACCUCCAAUGGCAGCUCAGGCAGUACUUCUGCGGCUGCUGGUUCCUCAGGGCCACCAGCCUCCUCAGCCUCCUCAGGGCCUGGCGUGACUCCAGGCAGUGUGACGUCCUCUUCAGGCUUUGGCGGCGGCGGCGGCACAGGCCAGACGCCCAGCGCUGGGACGAGCAUGGCAGACAGAGCGCCGGGGAGCCUGGGCCCCGGAGGGGAGGCAGAACCUGGGCAGAACUCCUCCCAGCAGCCCCCCCCAGAAGGACAAGACAGUGUCACAGAAAGGGAGAGGAUAGGGAUUCCCACGGAGCCGGAGUCGGCCGACAGCCAGGCCUACCCACCAGCUGUGGUCAUCUACAUGGUGGAUCCCUUUACCUACACUGCAGAGGAGGAGUCCACACCAGCAAACUUCUGGCUGCUCGGUCUGAUGCGCUGCUACACAGACAUGCUGGAUAACUUACCUGAGAAUAUGAGAAACUCUUUCAUUCUCCAAAUUGUGCCUUGCCAGUACAUGCUGCAGACAAUGAAGGAUGAACAAUUUUUCUACAUUCAGCACUUGAAGUCCAUGGCAUUUUCAGUGUACUGCCAAUGCAGGCGGCCUCUGCCCACCCAGAUCCACAUUAAGUCUCUCACAGGCUUUGGACCGGCAGCCAGUAUUGAAACGACCCUCAAGAACCCUGAGAGGCCCAGUCCAAUCGAGCUUUAUUCCCCUCCUUUUGUAUUGGCACCGGUCAAAGACAAACAGACGGAACUGGGAGAGACGUUUGGAGAAGCCAGCCAGAAGUAUAACGUGCUCUUCGUUGGCUACUGCUUGUCCCAUGAUCAACGCUGGCUGUUAGCCUCUUGCACUGACCUCCAGGGCGAAUUAUUGGAAACUUGCAUUGUAAAUAUUGAUUUACCAAACAGAUCUCGGAGGAGUAAAGUGUCUCCACGCAAAAUUGGGCUCCAGAAGUUAUGGGAAUGGUGCAUUGGAAUUGUUCAGAUGACAUCAGUGCCCUGGAGAGUAGUGAUUGGGCGCCUUGGGAGACUUGGCCAUGGGGAGUUAAAAGACUGGAGCAUCCUCCUCGGCGAAUGUUCCCUGCAGACAAUCAGCAAACAGUUGAAGGAGGCUUGCCGCAUGUGUGGACUCUCAGCCGCAGACUCACCUUCCAUCCUCAGCGCCUGCCUGGUGGCCAUGGAGCCCCAGGGGGCCUUUGUUGUGAUGCCAGACGCUGUCACCAUGGGCUCUGUGUUUGGGCGCAGCACUGCACUGAACCUCCAGUCAUCUCAACUCAACACACCUCAAGAUGCUACUUGUACACACAUCCUGGUGUUCCCAACAUCUUCGACCAUCCAGGUGGCUCCAGCCAACUACCCAAAUGAAGAUGGCUUCAGCCCCAACAAUGACGACAUGUUUGAUCUUCCGUUCCCAGAUGAUAUGGACAAUGACAUUAGGAUUUUAAUCACGGGGAACCUGCAUUCCUCUCCAAACUCCUCCCCGGUUCCUUCCCCGGGCUCCCCUUCUGGAAUGGGAGUGGGCUCGCACUUCCAGCACAGUCGGAGCCAGGGGGAGCGCCUUCUUUCCCGAGAAGCCCCCGAGGAGCUGAAGCAGCAGCCCCUUGCUCUGGGCUAUUUUGUGUCAACGGCCAAAGCUGAGAAUCUUCCCCAGUGGUUCUGGUCCUCUUGUCCACAAGCUCAGAACCAGUGCCCUCUCUUCCUCAAGGCUUCCCUGCACCACCACAUCUCCGUAGCUCAGAUGGACGAACUUCUCCCUGCCAGGAACUCCCAGCGUGUGCCACACCCUCUGGACUCCAAAACCACAUCUGACGUCCUAAGGUUCGUUCUGGAGCAGUACAACGCCCUGUCCUGGCUCACGUGCAAUCCCGCCACCCAGGAUCGCACCUCCUGCCUUCCUGUCCACUUUGUGGUGCUUACUCAGUUGUACAACGCCAUCAUGAACAUACUUUAAUUUGAAAGCACUUGUUCCUUGUGGCUCGGACCUCCCUCUUUCCUCGAAACCUCAAUCCAAGAAAUGAAUUCUGCACUGGCCCAGAGUCCUUCCUCCAGACCAGCCUCCAGGAGCCUGCGGGGCGCGGGGCUGUGCAGUUGUGGCAGAGGGUGUGGACGCUUCUCCCGGGGACCGGGGAGGUCCUGGACACACGGACAUUCAGCCGGGGUUCACGUUGCGGGUGACCCCAUUCCACUGGUCGGUCAACAGGAAGUCUUGUGUUUUGUGUGCGUGUCUUUUUUUUCCCCCCCCGAAGGAGGAAAACAUGGAGAAUGUGGUGUCCAUUUCCCUGGGGGACUGACCCUAUUUUAAAUCAAUGUUUAAAAAUAAGGGCGAGUUUGCUCUUUGGGUCGAAGGCCUCUAGGGACUGGUAUGGGUGACAUCUCAGUGUUUGAACUCUGUAAGGUGGGGCUUUAUGAAAUAAGGACCAGCUCAAUAUGUUAUUAAAAAAAGAAAAAAAACAAAAAAACAGAGUUUCUGCCGCCUUAAUAAUAGAUAUGAGUGCUUUGGUUGAUUUCCCCGUCUAUGUGGAUGGGAAUGGUCUGGCACAUAUUAACUUUGUCUAUUUAUUUUAAAUCAUAUCGUUGUCUUUGUUUUUGUUUUUAAAUUAGCAAGGACCAGGUACUCUAGAUGAAACCCAAUAGGGAGCCCCAUAGGAUUAUUUGUCUACACACCUGUCUGUUCUCUGACCUAAAAACCAGAAGAGAGGUAAAAACCAAUCCAGGGAGAUUCAGAGCCAGGCCGCAGGUUUGGCCAAGAAACCAAGGGAGCUCAGGAGGCUCUCCACCCUAUUUCUUGUCAAAGUGGCCGGGGUUAAGUACAAAGUAACAAGACAGGCGACUCCAGUUCAGGGCUGUGGUGGGGAUCGUGCCCAGGCCCCCGUUUCCCAGAGUGGGGAUCGAGGUGCCCUCUCCAAGCAGCAGUGCUCAGAAAGUUAUAUUGAAAACUAGACCUCCCAUGAAAGCGGAAGUGAAUCGCGGAGAGCAUUUGCUCUCCAGAUCAUGUACGAAUAUGGUGGAUUAUUUCUGGACCAUAGGAAUAUUAUUUCAAAGAAAUAAUAAAACUUGUCAUUAAAUUAGUACUUGAAAUGGAACCACUGUGGUGGAGCUUUAUUUAAUUACAGUGAUUGCCUUUUUGAAAUGUUAAUAAUGGCUGUCAUGGAAGCAUUUCAUGACGCCUUCAUUUCAGGCUCUCCAAGUCUUUGGGGGCGUUUGUUGUGGCUGCUGUGGGCAUUUGUCACUGAGGGGCAGGGGCACGGAAUGUCAGGCAGGGAGAUCAAGGAGUCUGUGGAAAGAAUCAUGCAAAUUUUAAAAGUUCUUCCAAAAUACUUUCAUGUUCUGGUUAACAAAAAAAAAAAAAAAGUGUAAUAAUUACUAUGAUUUUUUAAAAGUAUUUUUCUUGAAAUAAUCUAAUGUUUAAAAACAAAGUAUAUUAAAGAAAAAAAAAGUCUGUCGUGUGGUGGGAAUGUGAAAGCAGAGAAGUCACCAUGUAAAUGGAUAAUUUUGUUCUCUGAACCACCCGUGGGGAGGUGGGGGUGGGGGGAGGGCGGGGCAUCUCCGCAAUGUAUAGGUUAAAAAAAAAUCUGAUAUAUCAAACCAUUUGUAUCUAAUGUGUACAGUGUAAAAUUGACUUUAAAAAUAUUGCAGUGCUAUUUUUUCUUAAUCAGAAAGGAAAAUUCUCAAGGCCUUUUGAAGCGCAUAAAAAUAUGAAGAUUGUAAACAUGUAUAAAAAUCUAACUUGGUGAGAAGACAAAUUGUAAAGUAGACAUUUGUAAUCUUUUACCACUUUGGGGUUGUUUUUUCCCAGAAUUCAUCUGAAUUUUUUUUUAAUGGGCUGUUUUUAUGCAGGGGCUUUUUUUCCCUAGAAACCCAGUUCUAAGCAAAAAGGAAAAAAAAAAAAAUCCACAAAAAAAAAUUAUUAAAAAAAAAAAAAGGCAGCAAAGGGUAGUUUUCAUCUGGUGUCGUUUUUAUUUAAGUUUUUUAAGUUAAGAAAAGCUGGUGACAUAUUUAUACGUUUUUGUGCAAAAUAAAUGAAUGGCAAUAGAUUUUAAAAAAUCUUAUUAUGUACUUCUGUGUGAAAGUCUGUAUAAUAUUUCCCUUAAAUAUGCAUUAUUUUACUUGUGAGUUUUUUACUGAAUUAAUCUGAAAUGUACAAGCCCUGGAUUUGCUACAGAGUGAAAAAGUUAUUUUAUUUUUUUUUUAAUUUCUAAUUUUGGAGAUCAUGCAGAAAUCAGAACUCUUACUGUGGUUUGAGCUGAGGGGCGAGGGGGGGGGAGGGGAUUGUCCCGCAUGCCUGUAUGUAUAUUUCAGAACCUUUUUUAAAUGUAAAAGCUGUACAUUUCUGGGAAGUUCUGAAUUUUUGUCUUUUUUUUUUCCUUCAAGCAUUUUGCAGUGAGCUUCUUUUAUAUAUAGCAGACAAUUUGAAAGAAUACAAAAAUAUGUGAAGUUCAUUUAAAAAAAAAAACUACAGUAUAUCGCUGGUACAAUACACUAAAAAGACUUUGAUAAAAAGAAACAAUAAUAAAAGGCCUCCAUUUUAAAUGUCAUUCAUAUAUACCUUGUGGAUGAGAGCUAUAUACUUUUACACACUUUUUUAGAUGAAUAAAUUAUUGAAUUACUGAA